AUGAUUUCACAUAUCGACAUCUUUCUCAAACGGCUCGACCUGCUCCUGCAUGAUAUCCACGACAACCUAUCCCAAUUGGUCCAGAUCAACCAGAACGAGUCAAUUGAUGAUGCGAAAUACGAGCUGUCCAAAGUGAUACGAGACAUCAACAAACAACUUCUCAGCUACAAAGAAUACCUCCAGAUCUUGCAUAACCGGCUCGGCCACUCCAAGUCCGACACGGCAGUAUACGACCAGUACCAUUCCAACCACAAGCUCAAUAACGAAAUCAUCCAUAAACAACGAAUUGAACGUUAUUCGCUCGACGAAAAAGAUACCUUUCCAGACCUGAACUCUCAGGAAUCUGCGCGUGAGCAGUUGUUUGCCCAUCGAUCAAAAAAAAUCCAGGAAGCCAAAGAGACGUCAGUGAAUGAACAGAUUCUCAAGCUGAACAAGCUGAUUACAACGUCGCUUCAAACUUCACGACAAUUGCUUUCAACCUCAGUAUUACAGUCGGAGUUAAACAUCGACCUGCUUGACCAGCAGACUAAAGAUUUGCGCCGAUUAAAUGAGGACUUUUUGAAGUUCAAUGACUUGUUGGCUAGAUCUAGACAGAUAGUCAAGUUUAUUGAGAAGCAAGAUAAAUCCGACAGAAGACGGAUAUACUUGAGCAUCGGCUUCUUUUUGCUCUGUUGUUCAUGGGUGGUGUACAAACGAAUCUUGAGAACGCCAUUAAGAUUGUUGUUAUGGUCGUUCUUUAAGAUUUUCCGUAUUUUCAACUGGCUCUUUGUUUCUCUGGACAGCCUAGAGAAAAUGGGAACUGAAGAGAUUCUCACAGCUAUAAUGGCAUCUUCUAUCUCUACUGAGUCUAUUGAAUCUAUAGGGACUGUGAUUGAGAGCUCCGUCACUUUAGAAACCUCAGAGACGAUAAGCGAUACAAUUUUACUGAUGGUCUCUGAAGUCUCUGACGUUGUUUCUUCAGUUGUUAGUUUUAUAGAAUCACCUGUUCUUACAACUACAGAGAGACUCAUGGACGAGCUCUAG